GUGUGCAGGAGUAUAUUUCGCGUGUACAAAACUUACAGCUUGCAACUGUGUGGGAUUUAACGCAUAACUCAUCUGCGUCGUCAUUCUAAAGGUUACGGUAAAGAUACGUUGUAGUAACGAGUUUUCUACAACUUUGGCCCAUUUGUUUCUCAUUUGCCGAACUGCAUCGAUCCCGUUACAUAGGAACCGCUAAAAAUUGUGUAGGUGCACUUUAAUUCAGCUAAUGCACCACCAACAUAAACACGGCUCACCCACGCAAGCGCAUUCACAGCACAGGCCGCAUCGCACCGUGUGUGCGUAUGUAUGCGAGUCACGAAUUUUGUUCCGUCCAGUGCACUCGUUUGUGACCCAGUUAGACGAUUACAUCUUUCGGGAGUGAUAAAUCAAAAACAUGUCUUCUUCGUUACACGAGAAGGAUCCAGCAAAUGGUAACGGGAUGGUCGACAUGCCCGCAGGAGCUACGCAUUGGUACGGCAAAGGUAUGAAUGGUACAAAUCUGCAGCGUCCCAGAAGGCUUUCGUUCAACGGGUCCGAUAUGGAGCUGUCCGACCUGAAGGGUGAAACGAGUGAACAGAGAGCAAGGUCCGAAGAACAGAAAAAUGCCAUCGAUACGAAACAAACGCUAAUAUUGCUCGCCAUCGCCACAACGCUUGCGGUUUCCAUCAAAUAUCUACUUCCGUCCUUCGAGCUAGCAUCAUAUCGAUCGAUCGGAUCCAGAGUUUCCGUAGUGGCAGACAAUGUGUGGCAAAAUUUCUUAGAUCGCUGCACCCACCUAAAGCUGCCAACUUUUGCUUGGAACAUGGAGUAUGUUGUACAACACAUUGCAAAUGCAUCCCACACACUGUAUGCAGUGGCUUUUGGGUUGCUGCUUUCAUCCUUCACCUGGUACAUCAUCUAUCUGGAUAGCAGCAUUCCAGGAGUGAAUCCGCCGACUCCAUUCUCCGCUUCCAAGAAACGUUAUCGUGGUGGACCUACCAGUAAGGAACGACGAUUUCACUUACCCUACGUAACGGCGCUACUAAGCGGAGUGGUUGGAUUUUUAAUCGCCCUUUUCAUCAAUGAGUAAGCGCAGCUAGGAUAAGGAACGGAACGCGCAAAACUAUCUUCAAUACUUCCGAAAAGUGCCUCGAAUUGUGCUAAUAUGAAAAAGGAGGCUUGAAUUCUGCUCUUUCGCAUUCCGGCUCAUUCUUUGUAUUCGUUUUCGACAGACUUUAUACGCGCUUUAUGCACAAAAUGGGCAGCAUCAUAUUGUAUUUAUUUUAGAAUAAUUUUACCUUUACUAACAGUUGUAAGCUUUCCCGUUUUUCGUUCGAUGUCUGACGAAAUUACUAAUACGUAUUGUGGAUAUUGUAGGGAAAGCGAAAAUUAAUUCAUUAACCUUGCAUUAAUUGCAAUCAGAAUAGUGUUCGGGUUUAAUUUUUAAGUUCCAUUUUUUGCAUUAAUAUUGCAUCAGUACAAAUUAUUAUGUUUGUUUUUCCACUACUAGAAAAUGUUUCCAUCGUGCCCGUAUGAAAUAUAUUAAUAGUAAAACAAAAUGAA